UAGACAUUCCCUAUUGUUCUGUGUGCUUUACCUUUAGUUUUAAUCAAGUUGUUGUUAACAUGAUCAUAAAGACGAUGAGUUUUUCUUCAAUAUUUGUUGUGUUGUUAUUUCCUUUACUGUUUGUUUUAGUUGAUUCACUAUGCAACUUUCCAUGCUCUGUCCGAGAGAGACAAACAUAUACCAGCCAAUAUGGGACAUUUAAAUUUUGCCGCUAUAAUUCCUCAUAUCUUAUCAGAGGUCGUGGAAAUAACAAGGAAAAACAGGAAUGUUACAGCAGAAGCGGACCAUUCACUGUUCUAAGUCGAAAUGGCAACCAGUACCAAUGUGUGAAGGAGGUAUCACUUUCAGGAAAGAUCACGUGGGUUUACGAGAGCAAAUUUAAAAAAUACAAAUAUCCUCCCACCAUCUGUUCCAUUUGUUCGCCAAAGCUCAUGAGACCAGUAGUUUAUGUAGUUAAAGGAGUAUCACUGGAAUUAGCGAAAUGUUUGAAGCCACCACCAAUGGGCUGUAAUAGACCAAUGAAUUGUCCUAUUACUGAUCGCAGAGACGUUCCAUGUAGUGGUUGCGAGAAGUACGAUGAUGGUCAGUGUUGUAGUGUACCACUACCACCACCAGUGCAAACAUGGGCGUACGCCCAUGCAAGUGCUGGGUCCUUUGGAUUCAAAUAAGAAGUAUUGUUCGUAGUGUUUGAACAUGUUGAAGAAUGGAAGAAAUAUAUCACACAUUGUAUAUAUACAAUAUGUUUCCUUUAUGUAAGAAAUGAUACAGUGAUGGCGUAUACUUUUUCCGAUUAGAAGUUCAAAAUAUAAUCUUUUAAUUAAAAAUGGUGUCAGAGAAGUAAUACAAUU